AUGUGUACGGCACAGAUCCGUCUGGUUCAGGAGUACUGCGAUCUGGGCAGUCUGAGGGACAAGCUCAAAACAGGGGCGUUUUUGAAGCUCGCGCCCUCCGCCGUCGUAGCCGAUGGCGUGCUGACGCCGCCGUCUCCGCCGCCGUCACCAUCACCGCCGCCGCCGCCAGCGGCGGCGGCGGCGACGGCGACGGCGGCAGCGACGCCGCCGCAUAGUUCCCCCCCUUCUUGUGUCCUUGCUUCCCCUCCUCCCCACCUCCGGGUGGUUGACUUGGCGGCGGUGUUAGACACGGCAAUCGAUGUGGCUCGUGCGCUGGCGCACCUCCAUCGCGAGGGUAUCAUCCACGCGGAUUUGAAGCCGGGAAAUGUGCUGCUCAAGGGCUCCACAAGCGACCCGCGGGGCUUCGUGGCCAAGGUUGCGGACUUUGGUUUGUCCAUGCGAUUGGAAAACAACGAGACCCACGUCAGUAACGCUUACCAUGGGACGUUGCUGCAUGGGCACGUGUCCCGGGCAAGUGAUGUGUACAGCUUUGGCAUCCUGCUGUACGAGCUGUACACGGGUGACGUGGCAUUCCGCAGCGUGCCCAAGGCGCUGAUUGGCCACGCCAUAACCAAGGAGAACCUUCGGCCGGUAUUUCCCCCCACGGGGCCCCUGGGGGCUCCCUUCGAGUACCAGCUGUUGGCGUGUCGGUGCUGGGAGAGUAAUCCGGAGAUCCGGCCCGAGUUCGACUUCAUCUUGGAGGACCUGAAGCGCAUGCGUGUACGGCUGUGCGCCACCGUCCCCGAUGGCGGCGGCGGCAGCAUUGGAAAUAUGGGUCGAUUGACGCCGGAGGCGGCUGGUGGCGGCGGUGGUGGCGGCCCAACUGGGUUUGGAUUUCCCUCGGAGGCGGCGCCGGCAGUUGGUCGGUUGUGGGGGCUGUCGGCGGUCGUACAUUCACGACAGGGCCUCAAUUACUUGGUCCAGACCAGCCAGGGCAUCGGGGCUAAACCUUUCUUUCGAGAAUGCGGCGGCGUGGGCGGCGUUGGCGAAGGUUCUUUGGAAAGCGAUCGGAGCUUGUCGUACUCCAAUUCUACGAGUAUGUGCAGUACUGAUGCAGUGCUGACUAGGCCCAGCCAUAACGUCACCGGCGGCGCCGCCGCUACUGGCGCUAAAGACGGCGGCGGCGGCAGCGUCGGUCCCGGCGUCGUACAAGGCUUUGCUGGCGGCAGCGGGCUCCAUGGAGAUGUUCGUACAGCGCCGUACCCUGGGUGCCGGGACGCGCCGGCGCAGGAUGAGGCGGCGGUGGAUGAGGAGGAAGCGGCAGCGGUUGUCCGGUCGUUGUAA